UAUGCAGCAGCGAGAAGAUUGUGUCGCAGCGUCUCUUUGCGCUGACGAAGCAUCAGUCGGAACACAAGCUCUCUCCCCCUCUCUCCCCCUCUCUCUCCCUCUCUCUUUGAAAACCCGCACCGUGCUCGUCCCCUGCCGCUGCAGGGCACCAUCACGACGGAGCAUCUCGACGCGUGCAUGGAGCUCCCACUGCGGUCGUGACUGCCCUCCGCCGCCUCUCACUGCGUUGAACGUUGCCGCAGCAUCCCCGCGCCGCCGCGGCUCUCUCCUCCGCGGCCAUGGGUACCGUCCUCUCCAUAUCCCCGGCGACCAAGAAGGCGUCCAUCACGGACGCCGAGCUUGCCAAAAACGACAAGAGCCUCAAGCGGCACUCGAUGUUCGUCUCCCUCUCCUGGAAGAAGCUGGUGUCCAAUUCGGCCAAGAAGAGUGCCAAGAAAGUGACCCCGAACCCGCUGCCCGCGCGCGACCUCCCGUCCGGACAGGUGGCGCAGCUCAACAGCGAGAACAGCAGGAAGACGCACCGCGCCGAGGAGAAGAAGCCCAAAGCGCCGAUCCCGGUGCCGGUGCCCACGGUGCCCACGCUGAGCAAAGAGGCCCUGGUCCAGAACGGGAGGCUGGUCACGGUGCAGAAGCAGCCCAGCAGCCUGUCUCUGGUGUCACCCAGGCGGAUAGUAAUACAGGCGUCUACCGGGGAGCUGCUGCGCUGUUUGGGGGACUUCGUGUGCCGCAGGUGUUUUAAGCUGAAAGAGCUGACCAGCGGGGAGGUGAUCGUCUGGUUCCGCAACAUCGACCGGACUCUUUUGCUCCAGGGGUGGCAGGACCAAGGCUUCAUCACGCCGGCCAACUUGGUGUUCGUGUACCUGCUGUGCGAGGACACGAUAGCGGACGGCGUGGAGAGCCCGGCCGAGCUGCAGGGCACCUUUCAGACCUGCCUGUACCUCGCCUACUCGUACAUGGGCAACGAGAUCUCGUACCCGUACAAGCCGUUCAUGAUGGAGGCCAACAGGGAGGUCUUCUGGGAGACGUCGCUACGGAUCGUCAACAGGCUGAGUGACAAAAUGCUGCAGCUCAAUGCGGACCCGCACUUUUUCACCGAGGUCUUCCAGGACCUUAAAAACCAACGAGAUAUGAGCGAGGCCAACCUGGACCGCUGACCAACAA